AUGGGCUGCACGGGCGUGGGCAAGUCUGCCUUGGUCACCAAGUUCAUCAGGCGUUCGCACGCGUGCGUUUCGUUUUUCCUUGCUCACUGCCACUAUGCCGCUAGAGUCGAGGGUGCUUACCGUAUCGCUUUCCAUGCCAGGGACGAGGUGCUGUUGGAGCAUGAUCCCACCAUCGAGGACAUGUACAGAAAAGACCUUGUGGUCAAGGGGUCGCCGGUGGGCCUCGACAUCGUGGACACGGCUGGCCAGGAAACCUACCACUCUUUACGGAGGGGCUGGCUCCAGAACGGCAAGGGGUUCGUGUUCGUGCUUUCCCUGGCGGAUCGGCAAUCGCUGGAUGGGCUGUCGGCCUUCCAGGAGCAAAUUCGCAGCAUCCACCCGGAGGAGGCGCCUCCGAGCGUCAUUGCUGCCAACAUGGCGGACCUGCAAAGGUGGGAUGUUUCGGAGGAAGACCUGCAACGACUGCAAGCUGGCUGGCCCAACUGUGUGCAGGUGCUCCAGACCUCAGCGGUGACGGGCCAAAACGUGCAGGAGGCCUUUGAGCAGCUUUGCUCGGCUAUGCAGGAGCUCCAGGAGCGGGAACACCGGCGGCAGAGGAGAGUUCAAAGGGAGGCCGCCUUGCAGCUGUCCUCCAGCCAACAAUCCACGAACAACUGCGCACGGUGCCGGCUGGCGCAAUGCUUCGCAAGCUGUACGGUGCAGUAG